CGAGGCAUCUUCAAUAAACAUUCUACUUGGACUUGAGGUCGGAAGCCAAGUUCGUGGAAGAUGGUUGAGAAAAUUGUGUGGGUGUUUUGUUUCAUCAUCGUAUGCAGUAUUGCCGACGAGGCGCAGGAGGUCCGACAUGGGUGUCCUGGCAGCGAUUACAUCCUCGGCAGGAGUGGAUGCAGAGUAUGGUGUAGGGGCAGGGUCCCCCACCCGAGCGGUUUCGGAAUGAAGGCUAUCGAUUACGUCAUUGGAGACCGCAGAGAUGGUCUCCCUUGCAUAGGAGCUCGCGAAUCUGAUUCCGCAUCGAGCUCAGAUUCAAGCUCAGAGAGUUCUGGGAGCGACUCCGAUGAAUCUUCCAAUGGGACGCCACCGAAUCUCGAUACGGUCCUGAAUGAGGCUGGGGUGAAGAGAGAUAAACACAACGAAUCCUCUUCAAGCGACUCGAGCGACGCUUCAAAUCAUUACGAGAUCGUUGUGGAUCCGCUCUACCUGGGUGUAUGCCGCAAAGGAGUUUGCGUUCCGACUCUCCGGAGAUGAGGCAUUGAGGUAGGAGACCGCGCGGAACCGCUCCCCUUGAUCGAUAGAAAAGUUUGUGAUAAGGAGAUAACAUACUCUACCGAAAGUAUUAAGUGCGCGACCCGGAAUAACAGCUGUCGACUCUCUGUCUCGGCUCGAGAAUUCGGCAUGCUCUCGGUGCUGCCACUCCGGACGGGGAACAUGAUGUUCAUACCAGUUCUGAAGACACCGCAUUGUGCAAAUAAUGAUCCACCAUAUAAUAAAUGGUUGACUGGGUUUACCGUGCUCACCCAGCUGCCUC